AUGUCAGAUCAAUCAAACAAAAAGCGUAUUCGACUGGCACCUCCUCCGACACGCGAAAUUGCCGCAAUUCGUUUACCAGUACCCGACGGACAGAUAUUUGGCCUUACAUCUCAUGAAGCAAAUGCUGGAGGUUUGGGUACUCCACGGCGAGGAAAGCGAGGACUUGAUGGCAAGCAAAGAGUCAAGCAAAUGGAUUUGACGAGAAGGAAAGGGAAGGAUGCCGAAGCUUCUUCGCAGAACACAACCGCGGAUAUUGGGGAGACAGCGGUCUUGGACAUGCAACAAAUGGAUACCGCUGUUUUAGAGAUAAUGGACACAGCUGAAACAAUGGGUGACGAUGAAUCAAGACGAAAGAAUAUGGAGCUGACCGAAGAACAACCUUCUCAUGCAAAUGCUCUGUCAAAUUCUGAGUGGCCCAACAUCAAUUCUGACUGUACCGAAGAGGCAUACUCUGCUUAUGUUGACGGUGUUUUUGAUGAUGAACUCCCCUUUUACCCUCUCACUCCGACAAUAUUUGUGGUUGCUGGGUGGAGCGAGCGAACAUUGAUGUGUAACACUCACUGGUACCACUUACAAGUAACGGGAAUCGGUGAUGAGCUGGUGGUCGUUUGCUUGGACUGCGUUCACACGCGUUUCAUCUUGGAAUUCAUCGAUGUCAAGUUUCCUCCCGAGGGGGAUGUUGAUCCUGUUUAUAAUGACCACGAAGUUAUCUUGUACUCAAGGCACAAACAGAAUAACUCACCCAACUUGGAGUGGGUCAAUUAUUUUAGUGUUCCGUCAAGUGACAAAAAUCAGACGUCACUGAAAUCCCGCGCAAUCGUCCAAUACGUUGGGAAUGAUGAUGGGAAUGGGGAUUGGUGGUGUAGCAGAGAUUCCAGUCAGCGAUGUGCCCACACGGCUGCAUGUUAUUCUUUGCUAACGCUUGGCGAUGGAACUGGCCAUGGGAAGAUACGGAACAUUGCAUGGGUAACCUCAAGACGACGCCACUACCAGGUCAUGCAGUCUCUCCUGCCGUUUGCAAGUGUAGAGAUGUUCUCGCUUGCUUGGUUUUCCUUUGUUAAGCUCCAGGAAUUUAUUGGAGACAUUGCUCCACAAAAGGACAGUCGGUAUAUCGCUACUCAACAAGCCAUUCCCGGUCGUACCUUACGGGACGCAAUUCGGAAAAUCUGUCACCAAAGCGUUAAAGGUCUUCUUUCACAGACCAUCGAUAAAUUUUCGAUAGAGGGACUCGAUAGCGAAGACGAUGACAAUGAUAUGAGCGAGAUGGAGAACAAGCGGCUGCAGAAGCUCCAGAAACAAGUAGCGAAAAAGAUAGAGGAUUUUAAUGAGCGGUUGGCCACUAUUCCAUUGAUUCUUGAUGGCUUGUCAAAUGUUUCUUCGGGCUUGAAAGACUUGUUUCAGACGGAGUUUGGAGUCUUCACGCUCAGGGAAGGCAUUGAACCAGAUAUUGCAUAUCGAAGACUAUUUCUCAAUGUUCCAACCGUGGAUUUGGAAUUGGUUUUUCCUGAAGAUGAAUGGAUUGAAAGAAUGUCUGGGACCGGAGCGAAGCCCAAGGCUCAGCCUCCACCUCAAAAAGGUAAAGUGGCGGCCAAUCGACAAAAUCGAACGGCCGAGCCAGAAGUACAGGAACGAGGGAAGACAAGAGCUACGGGGGCGGUGGACUUAGACGAAGACGAACAAGAAAUAGGCGACUCAGAAAAAGGGAGGUCUUACCUCGAAGAAAAAUUGCUCCUCGUCCCAUCGGGCGCUCCGCUCACUCUGGGAACGCUCGCUACGACACUACACCAGAUUGCGGCCUUGCCGGGGGUCACCCUCCCUGUAAUCAACGCAGUCCGCGCGGUCGCUUUCCUGCUGAGGGAAGUCGAGCUAGGGGCAGUAGCAGAAGACAUCAGGGACAUCGCCAACGCACAGUUUAACGAUAUGACCACAGAUUUGAGGGAGUUCACGGAGGGGCUCAGGGUGAAAGUUAUGGAGGAGCUGGAGAAGAAGACGGAGGUGUUGAAAGAGAGAACAGUGGAACUGGCAGAGGUGGUCGAAAAGGCAGCACAACAGGCGGGGAACGCAGCCAACUCCCCGUACAGGGACGCGCUGCACAGGGGACUCUCUGGGGCGCCGAUGGAUGCUAACCCCCGUCUAGCUGCAAAGGAAAACAUCAGACAACGCCAAUCGCUAGUCGACAUACCACAAGAAUCCAGCUUCAGAAAUUGUGCUAACCUAGUCCUGGUGGGCAAAUUCUCCGAGGCGAUGGCUAAGGCGACAGAGCAAAAACGAUGGGUGGUAUACACUUUUAUGAUAAAAACCAGACACAUGCCUGGAAGGCGAUGUGUAUAA